ACGUUCGGAUGCCGGAAAAACCGGAAGAACUGCAGCAACCGACGAUGGAAUAUGCCGUUAGUAAUCAUCGGUGGAGUUUGUGGCUUUUGGGGAUAUGGCCGAAUCGUGAUUCCUACUCGAACUUACGAUAUUUUGUCACCGUUGGUCUCAUCACCUCCGCUAUAAUACCGCAGAUGACCGAUCUGUUACAAAAUAAUUCACUAUCGAUGAACGUAAUCGAGAAUUUGUCCAGCCUUAUCCCUUGCAUACUGGUCACCAUAAAAUUGUUCAUCAUCAAAGUGAACAUGGAAAGAUUGCGCGUUUGUUUGAAAGCGAUCGAAGACGAUUGGCUCCAAGUUUGGCAACCAGAAUUUGAAAAAGAGAACCGUCAGAUAAUGACCAGACACGCUAAAAUCGGAAGGAUUUUUAACGUCGCCUGCACUAUUCUACUCUACGUUACAGCAGCCGGGUACUCCAUGUUUCGGCACACCCUGAAACGACUUUUAAACAACAUUAUGGUUGGUAUACGUCUUGCAGGUUUUUUGAGCCUUCCCUAUACCGUUCCGGAUCCUCCCGUUCAACUUUAUGAAGAAGAGAAUUCCACGGGGCUGAAUUCUACCCACAGGAGACUCCCACUCAGCGCAGUUUACUACUUCAAUCCAUACCGUUCGCCAAUUUAUGAAUUGACUUACCUGGCCCAGUGCCUCGGGAUAGUGUGUGGGGCGACUGCAAAUUUCUCAAUCGACAGUUUUCUGGCUCUUCUUGUUCUCCACUUUUGCGGACAGCUAGAAAUUCUGGGCAGAAACCUCGAACAUUAUCGCGGAGUUAUGAAGCACACCGACUCCGACCAAAUUUCCACAAGAUCUUGCUCGUGCAUGACUUGUCUAGUUGAACGACACCUAGAAAUCGUGAGGCUCUCACAAAUGAUGGAAGACUCAUUCCACGCGAUGCUGUUAUUUCAAUUGUUGCUAAACUCAAUUUUGUUUUGCUUCUUGGGAUAUCAAAUUAUCAUGAAUUUCGAGGACAGUGAAGCAGUCGGCAUCGCCACUUUCCUCAUCUUCAUGCUUACUAUGAUGUUGCAUUUAUUUCUUUACUCUUACGUUGGCGAAGAAAUUACCGACAAGAGCGAGGCUAUAGGCAACUGUGCUUACAAAGCGUCGUGGUACGAUCUGCAAACAGCGGCUUCUAAACCUCUGAUAAUGCUGAUGGCACGUUCGAAGUCUCCGUUGCACAUCACCGCAGGGAAAUUCUUCGUCAUGUCCUUAGAAAAUUAUACAGACGUAAGUAUGAAAUACUUUUUAUUGCAUCGCGAGUAUAAGUAAGAAACCCCAGGAUUUAACGAACAACCACCUAUCCCUGUUUCAUCUUUUAGAUUCUG